AUGGAUCCCUCUCUCAAUCACGUCUCUCUCUUUCUCACAAACUCUCAGAUCUCUUCUCUCCUCACCUCAAAUUGCAGCAAGGACUCUUUUAUCCUCACCUCAAAUUGCAUCAAGGACUCUUCUAUCCUCACCUCAAAUUGCAGCAAGGACGUUGGGGCGUGGAUCUCCUACGCUCAACGAGUCUUUGAUUUGGCUAAGACUAUAACAAGUUCUAAUCUUCAAAAUUGUGUUCGCUUACAGGAUUCCUGGAAAGUGAAGGUCAGAGUAAUUAGGCUAUGGGACGCCAUUAACCUCAAUAACAAUGAACUAAUUAGCCUUGACAUGAUACUGCUUGAUGAACAGGGCACUAUGAUACAUGCCAAGGUAAUAAAACAUAUGGUUAACAAAUUCAGGCCAUUGAUCCAAGAAGUCAUAUCUGUUGGAAUAUACAGGGAUCAAAAAGUUAAUAUUAGACUGUGGGGUGAUAAGGUCGACCAAAUUGAUGAAGAUUCUAUGGGACGUGUUGUCAUAGUAACAUCAACAACUGUCAGAAAACUGAAAGGUGCGACCAAAGUAUAUAUCGAUUUGGAUAUCCCUGAAACAGCUGAGCUCCAAACGAGGUAUUGCUUGGAAGAUGAUAUCAUAGAGGAAACAGGGCCAGAAGCCCACUUGCAAGGAACAAUUCAAGAACAAAUGCUCUAUAACAGAAAGACACUAAGAGAAAUAACUGAAAUUGCAUAUGAAUCUGAAAAACAGGAAAAGUUCUAUACUGCAGAAGCAACCAUUAAGUCAAUUGAUACAUCAGAUGAGUGGUAUUACAUAGGAUGCGGCAAAUGUAACAAAAAACUACAAAAAGAAGGGAAUCAUUUCUACUGUCCAAAAUGUGAGAAAGAACCUGAGAAGACAUGUCCAAGGUACAAACUUAAGCUAGAGAUAUGUGAUCAUACUGCAACAACAACUUGCACCAUGUUUGAGACAGAAGCAAAAAAACUGAUUAAGCAAUCUGCAAGAUUCUUGAUAGAUAGGGAUGACUGUGAUAUCCAUGAGCAGGCAGAAAAAUUUCAGAAAAUAUGUGGGCAGAGAUUGAUUUUUCAGUUCAGACAGAAUGACUAUAAUUUCAAGUACGGUUACCAAGAUUACACUCUUCAUAGAAUAUUUUUUAUGGACUCUGAAGAAGAUUCAUCAGUACAACACGUUAAUGUUGAACAUGAAUCUAGCCCCAAAAGAAAGCGUACAAUAAGCAUUACUGGAGACGAAGAUUCCGAAAAAGAUGGAACUGAGAAUUAUUCAAAGACCAGCAUAAGGCUUACUGGUGUUGAUAAGGGAUCUAAGAAGAAAGGAAUUCAGAAUGAUAACCAUGAGCAAGUGAACAAAUUAUCACUUUCAAAAACUAUAAAGCAAGAAUCAGAGGAUGAUGAACUCACUAUUGACCAGACUAAAAGGGGUAGGAGAUGGAGCACAGGUCGUGCUGCACAUCUUGACGAUGAAUCAAAAGCUGAAAGUAGUCAGGAAAUAAACAAGUCCAAGUCUAUGGAAUCAAGCCCCAAGAGGAAGCGUGUUGUACGCAAAUGCGUCGGUGUUGAUCAGGAGCACAAUGAUUCAAGGCCUAAGACAAGGCUUAGUUGUGUCGAUAAAAAAUCACUGAGCAAAGGCAUUCAGAAGUCUGGUGUAUUAAGGACUCGAAAGACAAGUCGCUAA